UAUUAAAAUUCAUUUAUCAUAAAAAAACGACAGAAUGAGUUUUACAUUAAUAGUUGGUUUGUUUCUAUCAUUAUACACUGUUACUUUUGGAAGGAAUGCAAGAAUCAUCGGCGGACAAGUUGCUGAUAUAAGACAGUUUCCUCAUAGCGUAUCAUUUAAACUAAUCAAGAAUGGAAAUCAUUUUUGCGGGGGAUCAAUAAUUACUAAAUUACAUGUCCUUACGGCAGCUCAUUGUCUUUCAAAAUAUAACUACAAAAAUAUUCGGAUUUAUACAGGAACUGAGGAAUACAAAAUUACGAAUCGUAGUAGUUUCACUAUAGAAUCUUAUAAAAUUCAUCCGAUGUUUACUGGAGAACUGAAAGAAUAUUCAGUAUUACAUCACGACAUUGCUAUUGUUACGCUCAACAAUUGCAUCGAAGCCAAUGAAUAUCAAAAUUAUGUAAGACUUCCCUCGAAAAAUCCACAAGCGGAUAGCAUUGGUCUUAUCAGCGGCUGGGGAUCAACGAUUAACGAUGCAAAACAGCACCCCGAGAUAUUACAAAAAGCGACCUUUACGAUUUUGAGCAAUUACAAGUGCUCUUCGAUGCUCCCGUUUUCAAUUCACAAUGAGCAACUGUGCGCCUUUGCGGGGGAGGGAAUUGGCGCGUGUUUCGGUGAUAGUGGCGUUGGGCUAAUCAAUAACGGAGAGAUUGUAGGUGUUGCAUCUUUUGUUCGUCCAUGUGCUGUAGGCAAACCUGAUAUAUAUACAAGAGUUUAUUCUUAUAUAGAUUUCAUAACGGCUGCAAUAAACAAUACUGAAUAAAGUACCUUCGGAUAUUUGCUUUUUAAAUAUGUAUUGUGUAAGCGAAACUCGAUCAUCCGUAGAAAAACAGAUUUAUGCCGGAAAAAUGUCUUGCUCAGUUACUAUUAACUUACGCUAAGAUAGUAAGUAUUUGAAUUUAUUGUUUGGCCGUCUUGUUAAUAUUAUGUGAAAUCCGCAAGAUUCUACAAAUAUAUGAAAGCAGAGCAGACAGUCAAAAUCACGAUGCUUUAAAAAAACUCAGACACUAUGGAGAUUAUCGAUUUAAUAAAUGAUAUAUAUUAUAAAAAUGCUAUAAUUCUGUAUUAGGUACACAGAGGAUCAUUAUAGAAUACAAUUAUAAUAACUGAAUGAAAAAGAAUGUUAUUAACAAAUAUUACUGAUAAUAUCAACCAUAUUCGACAAAUUUUUAUGUGAUCCAA